AUGUCGCGAAGGUACGAUUCUCGAACAACCACGUUCUCACCAGAAGGACGACUUUACCAAGUCGAGUAUGCCAUGGAGGCCAUCUCGCACGCUGGUACCGUCAUCGGCAUUCUCGCCAAGGACGGUAUCGUCCUUGCUGCUGAGAAGAAAGUCACUUCCAAGCUCCUCGAACAGGACCAGUCUUCCGAAAAGAUCUUCGCCGUCUCCGAUAACGUCAUGGCCGGUGUUGCAGGAUACACCGCCGAUGCCAAUUCUCUGGUCAACUACGCCCGUAAUGCAGCACAACGUUACCUUGCCAGCUACGACGAUGACAUGCCUGUAGAGCAACUUGCUCAAAACCUCUGCGACUACAAGCAAGGCUACACUCAGUUCGGUGGUUUGCGUCCAUUCGGUGUCUCGAUCCUCUAUGCUGGUUACGAUGACCACCACCACUUCCAACUUUACCACUCUGACCCUUCAGGCAACUACUCUGGCUGGAAGGCAACCUGUAUCGGCAAUAACAACGGCACCGCGACUUCGCUGUUGAAGCAGGACUACAAGGAUGACAUCGGUAUUCAAGAGGCGAUGGGUAUGGCGGUGAUGAUUCUUAGCAAGACUAUGGACAGCACUUCCUUGGACAGUGAGAAGUUGGAGUUCGCUACUUUGACAUUGAGCGCGAAGUCGGGGAAGCCACAGACGAACAUCUUCAAACCCAAUGAUAUCGAUAGGUUGUUGCAGAGGCAUGGAUUGGCUAAGCCAAAGGAUGCGGAGGAGGCUGCUGCCCAGGCGACAGUAGAGUCGAGCGGUACCACUGCUAUGGCUGUUGACUCGUAG